AUGGAAGAAGAGCCGAAUCGGAGGAGGCUGUAUCAAGUUUGGAGAGGAAGCAAUAAAUUUCUCUGCGGCGGGCGCCUAAUCUUCGGUCCGGACGCGGGUUCCCUCUUCCUGUCCACAGUUCUAAUCAUAGGCCCCUUGGUCGGCCUAUGCUGCCAGUGCAUCACAAAGAUGAACUCCAGCACCUCGGAUCAGAAGAAGAAUGUCCUUGGCCUGCCGGUCCUCAUCGCCACGGUCCUUCUCGGCCUAGCGGAUUUGGCAUUCCUGCUCCUGACGUCGAGCAGGGAUCCGGGGAUAGUGCCGAGGAACGCGCGUCCUCCCGAGUGCGGCGACGAGCAGCAGGUGGUGGACAUGACGACGCCGUCGACCGAGUGGGUGAACGCGGCGAGCCCCCACCUCCGCGUGCCCCGCUCCAAGGACGUGGUCGUCAACGGGUGCGUGGUCAAGGUAAAGUACUGCGACACGUGCCUGCUGUACCGCCCGCCCCGCACGUCCCACUGCUCCAUCUGCAACAACUGCGUCCAGAAGUUCGACCACCACUGCCCCUGGGUCGGCCAGUGCAUCGGCCUGCGGAACUACCGCUUCUUCUUCCUCUUCAUCUCCACGUCCACGCUCCUCUGCUUUUACGUCUUCGCCCUGUCGUGGCUCAACAUCGCCGCCGAGAGGGAGGAGUACGGCGGCUCACUGCUGAAGUCCAUGGGCGGCGAGGUGUUGUCCGUCGUGCUCAUCGUCUUCACCUUCGUGUCUGUGUGGUUCGUCGGCGGCCUCACCGUGUUCCACCUCUACCUCAUGAGCACCAACCAGACCACGUACGAGAACUUCAGGUACAGGUACGACAAAAAGGAGAAUCCCUACAACAGGGGCGCGCUAGCCAACAUCGCCGAGGUCUUCUUUACGCGGAUGCCGCCCUCGCUCAACCGUUUCCGGUCGUGGGUGUCGGAGGACGACGACGCGUACGGCGGCGGCGGUGGCGGCGUGCUCUCUCCGAUGAGCGGCGGGCUCGAUCUGGAGAUGGGGCGCAAGGGCGUGCACUACAGCCCCGGCGGCAUCCCGGCGAUCCUUCAGGGGAUGGAUUACAGCGAGAUGGAGAAGAUGGACGCUGUGGGUGUGCACGUCAAGGACCGGCAAGCGGCGCCCGAGGCGCCGGACCUGUUCGUAAUCUCACCGGCCUGGCAGCACGACGUGGGCUGCGGAGGAGGAGGAGGAGAAGGAGAACGUAGCCCCGCAACUGUACAGGACCAAGAUGCUGAGAGGACACUUGUGAGCUCGAAUGCAAAUUCUCAACGGUGA